AUGUAUAGCGAGUUUUGGCUAUUGGACGACCACCUAUCCAAUGAUAGCGGAAACGAAGAAAAUCAUGUAAUUAUCACCGUUGAUAAGGGCGUAAUGGUUGCAAGAGCAUUGACAGUCAGGCUCAAUGUGAGCGGUGGAUCGAGACUUUUGCAAUCUUUGACAAUUCUCGAUUACACACACGGAGUAGCCAGCACACUCAAGAUUGGCCAAACUGGCAACUUGGACAGCUUCAUCCAAUUCGUGUGUGGUGUAGUCUUCGGUUGGAAGGACAGCGAGAAGGGGGAACCGAUGGCGCGGGCCGGCUCUACAGACGAUGCCGGUCUUUUUGAUAACGAAGCUAAUGUCCGAGGCAAUAGCGACACGGAAGGCGAUACGCAAGCGGACGCGCUUGAUGACGGAGGCGAUCCGUGGCAGUAUGAAAACACAUUUCCUCCCGAACUAUGCUCGUCACCCGGCCGGGACGAGCAGCUGGACGAUGUGUGGAACUAUACCUCGCGAAGAGUGACUGAAUGCCACAACAUAGAGCAAACACCUUUGGAGCACCGAGUGCCGUCAUCAUCAACAGACGCAUAUCCCAAGGUCUCACAAAUAAGAGAAGGAGAAGAGAACGAGAAAGAGAGGAAGGUGGAACGACCAUACGAACUGCCAAGCACGUCAUCAGAGUCACCAGCAAACCACGGGUCGUCGUCCCAACCACGGUGUCUGUCGCCACGGCCGACAGACGUUACGUCAACCAACACCGCUUCACCGCCGCCCUCGACAGCAUCUCAGUCGGUCACGAGCCCCCAUCCGUCACAGGCUAUAUCGGAUUACACGACUCGUUCAUCAUCUGAGCUCUCCGGCGCCCAAGCAGAGGACAAAUCGUGCUCUUCGACCAAGCUGGGUUCGCCUACUGGCCCAGGGCUUAGCGAAGAGCCGGCUGGGGAUACGCAAAGGGGUGGCUUGGCGGCAGGCACUGGCUCAACUAGGAAGAGGUCGUUCUUUCACGAGAGUUACGAGGAGGAUGUGGACGAGGGACAUAAGCGCCGGAAGCGGAGAAUCUCAAGCGUAGAUCUCGGUUAG